UCAACGCCAACGCCAAUGUUCAUCGCGCCCUGAUGGCAGCGGCUUGAACCGGACAAGCCCUAUAUCGACGAUCGCCUAUCCUUCCAUGACAAUGACAGGAGGCACAGGGCAGAAGUUAGAGGCGGCAGCAACCGUCAUCGCCGGCGUCGCGUCCCUCGUCGCGACAUUGCUGUCCAUCGUAUCAAUAUGGCUGCAGACGAAAAACUACCGGAAACCGCUACUACAGCGAUACGUCGUCCGCAUUCUUUUGAUGGUCCCUAUCUACUCCAUUGCUUCAUGGACCAGCAUGGUCUCCCAGACAGCAGCCGCCUUUCUCGAUCCGAUACGAGACAUCUACGAGGCUUUCACAAUCUACACCUUCUUCCAGUUAUUGAUCAACUAUCUCGGCGGUGAACGAGCCCUCAUCAUCAUGACGCACGGUCGGGAACCCGUCCACCACCUCUGGCCACUCAACCAUAUCCUUCCCCGUGUCGACAUCUCGGAUCCAUACACGUUCCUCGCUAUCAAACGCGGCAUCUUGCAGUAUGCCUGGUUGAAGCCUAUUCUCGCGCUGGCAGCGAUAAUCAUGAAGGCGACCGGCACAUAUCAAGAAGGUUAUAUCGGGCUCAAGUCGGGCUAUUUCUGGAGCGGCAUCAUCUACAACCUCAGCGUCACUGUCAGUCUAUACUCGCUGGGGUUGUUCUGGGUCUGCAUGCAUGGGGAUCUGAAACCCUUCCGGCCGGUGCCCAAGUUUCUCUGCGUCAAGCUCAUUAUCUUUGCUUCAUAUUGGCAGGGAUUCUUCUUGUCUAUUCUGGUAUGGUUAGGCGCCAUUCCGGACCAAGUUGAGGGCUAUACUCCCGAUAACCUCGCUGCGGCUAUCCAAGACUUUCUGAUCUGCAUUGAGAUGCCGGCAUUUGCCAUUGCUCACUGGUAUGCCUUUUCAUGGCACGACUUCGCCGACAACAGGAUCGCAUCGGCUCGGAUGCCGGUGCGGUAUGCCGCAAGGGAUGCUUUUGGAAUACGCGACCUCAUUCAGGACUCCAAGGAGACCUUUAAGGGUGACAAAUAUGGAUAUCGCAUUUUCGAUUCCGGAGAUAAAAUCAUGGCACAUGAAGCCUCGACGUCUCGUUUGGCGCGGAUCAAGGCAGGAAUGCGGUAUGAACGAGGAGGGAAAGCAAAAUACUGGGUUCCGAGACCAGACGAGAUAAACCAGACGACUCCUCUCCUGGGCGGCAAUGGCGGGCCAAGCAGGAGAAACGGUUCUAUAUCGCCCCACACGAAUAGUUUUGAAGAGGUCGUCCUCGAUCCUGCUGAAGAGGCUUUGUAUGAGAGCGCGAGGAAGCUGGAAUAUGGGGAUUGGAAUUAUCCCGUCAUCACAGCAACCGAGCCGGCAAGCGCGCGGUAUAUGUCGCCUCACCCCAGCCUCUACCAAAACACGCCGACUGGUAGUUUUUAUCAGCGCUCUUCAUCAAGCUCCGCUCCAUCGCUCAACCCGAAUGACCCUCUCGAGAGGCGAAAGAAGGACGCACCGGAAGGUCCCCAAGCCGGAGUCGGGGACAGGAAAGGAAAGAAAAAGGCACGGGCAGAUGCCAGUGAUUCCAAUUCAGAUCAGGCCAUGGGCAAAGACCCUCUCGAAAUUGCCUAUGGUCCCACAAUCGGGACACACCCGCAUAUCACGGAAGACGACUUUAACGUAGACACGGAGAGCGGUUUACACAAGCCUCAAGAAGAAAAUGCUAAACAGAGUCGACAUAUGCCGCCCCCGCCGGAGGAUGAAAGUAUAGAGGUGGAAGGAUCUCGGCAGGGGGAGGAGGAAGCAAGCGGGUCAGGCCGCAGCGGAAAUCCGCAGUAUAGCCUUGAUGAUGAGGAGGAGUUCCGAAAUGUUUGGGGAAAGUAACCGCAGGCCAUUGGUGUACCGAGUAACGACUGUUUCUGUCUGAGUGCCGGUGUUGUCGGGACUGCCUUUUAGAUACCCGCCUCAAGUUCGGGGAGGCUGUUUUCCAUAUGCGUAUUGAUCCAGCAUUGCAUUGGAGUUGUGGCUUGGAUACCAAGGGUCAAUGGCAGGGGAUGGACUCCGUAAGCAGGAGCUUAUCCAUAUUGCGCUUGUGUCGUUGCUGGGGCAUUAGAAUACCUAGGUGGUCUGUACCGCACGGUUUUUCGUCCAUAUGUUGUCUAGCUCGAGUCAUGGCGCACAUGUCUCAGCCACAAGGCUGCUU